AUGUAUGGAAAAGACUUUAUCCUGUCAUUCAACCAAAUCUCUCACAGAAAUGAUACGACACGGCUACGGAUAUUGAACAAUUUCAAAGGCAAGGUCACUGUAACAAUUUAUAGAUCAUCCGGGUCAGAGGUUAGUAAAUCAGAAGACACCUCCGCGAUAAUUGAACAUCACCUUCGGACGACAUGUGAGAAGACCUUUAGCAGUGGCGAUUGUGUUGUGCGGAUCAAAAGCCUUCAGAAUAUCAGUAUGACAGUCCUAGAUAUCAUGGACGGAGAAAUUUACUAUUCUGUUCUUCCUCUUGAUAGAAUCGGACAAGAAUAUAUCAUGGCCACGCCAUUAUUGCAAGGUAACUACACUUGUGAUCUUUUAACAAUAAACCCUUUUACAGAGUUUUACUUCUCUACAGCUCGACCAGGACAUAUAACUUUUCCAAACAAAACAAGUUUAUGUUACCAUGACACGUGUCAAGUUCCGAUUUUGCCAGAAAAUGCUCUUUUGCAACUCAAAUGUAUGCUAGAUAUGACGGGAAUGAAAGUGACAGCUAACAAGCCGUUCGCGGUGUCCUGUGGAGGCAUCGUUUCCGCCGGAAGAAUUUUCUUGAAUCAACUGCCCCCCACAGAGAUGUACGGCACUUCAUAUCAAACCUGGCCCACUCAGUAUCCCGGUUUUGUAAGUCUGACGUCACGAUGUAGCAAUACCCACGUGCAUGUGUAUGGUACUAUGAAUAAAACCGUUUUACUUGACCUCGGCAUGCACGUGGACCUGAUGUUGUCACCACAGGAUGUAUUAAUGACAUCAAGUGACAAACCAAUCAUGGCGAUCCAGAGUUGGAGCAUGCGCAAUACCAUACAUCGACUGACGUUGGUUCCACUCGUCAUGGUAAAUCAUAUGUGCAAGGACCAUAGAAAUUCUACUCAGCCACCUCUAUGCUUGUGCACAUGUCCACCAAAAGUGACAAAAGUGACCACCCCGGCGACUCAAGUAGACCUUAAUGCUAAACUUAAGAAGCUGCGCGAGUUGUCUGUAAACAAAUCAACCUUGUCGUCGACACGCCGGAAGAAACGAAGUGCGUACGACGGUCGUACUUCCGCCCAAGGUAUCGGUAUUGUUGGUGUCACUCUGCUAUGUGGAGUGGUAGUGUUUAUUGUAAUCCUCGACUUGCCGAACUUAACUGCGCAGAUUCGAGUGAUCAGACAGAACGUUUUUGGUGGCACUCCCUCUAAGUACGAUGGACAAUGCAGUCCAAAAUUGGAAUGGAAGCUUAAUAAACUAAUUCACGUGCACAAAUCAGAGUCUACUGCAACCAUUGCUCCCGCCGACAUGAACCCGGAACAAGAGGAUUGUUAA